AAAAAACUCAGUAAGUAUCUAGGUUUCUUUCUUUCACUUGUCCCGGCCUCUUGAGCCAGAGUUUCUCUACCGAAACAACCGCCCUUUCGGGUUUUCAAAUCACGAUUAGAAUGAAACUUAAAAAUUUAACGGUACGGAACUACAUCGAGGAAGUCGAUAAAGCCAGAGUGGAAGAUUUAGAAAGGCGGUGCGGGGUAGGGCCGGAGGAUCACGCCUUCUUCACGGAUACGAUGGGUGACCCCAUUUGUAGAAUCCGAAACAGUCCUAUGUACAACAUGCUGGUAGCUGAAUUUGGCAGCGAGAUUGUGGGUGUGAUUCAAGGCUCAAUAAAGGUGGUUACUAUUCAUAUCAAUCCCGCAAAGAAUAUGGCCAAGGUUGGCUACAUUCUAGGCCUAAGGGUCUCCCCACGGCACCGGCACAACGGCAUCGGUUCGACCUUGGUUCACCAUUUGGAGCAAUGGUUCGUAGCCAACGGGGUCGAUUUUGCUUACAUGGCCACCGAGAAAGACAACCUGCCGUCCGUCAAUCUCUUUACCGAAAAACUCGGGUUCAUCAAGUUCGCGAGCCCAACAAUCCUAGUCCACCCCAUCCACCAAAUCCCAUUCCAAUUGCCGUCCAGGAUCGAGAUAUCCAAGCUCAGGAUAGAACAGGCGGAGUUCCUCUACAGGAAAUUCAUGGGCUCGGCCGACUUUUUCCCGCUUGACAUCGACAAAGUGCUCGGAAGCAAGUUGAGCUUGGGGACGUGGGUGGCUUAUCCCAAAGGCGAGACGUGGGGCGAAUACCGGGAAGGAGUGCAGGCUGUUAUCCCGGAUAGUUGGGCGAUGCUGAGUGUUUGGAACAGCGGAGAGGUGUUCAAACUGCGGAUAGGGAAACAAACAGCGUCUUGCUUCUUAUACGAAAUGUACUCCAGAUUGGUGGACAGGUUAUUCCCGUGGUUUAAAUCCGGCGAGGUGUUCCCCGAUUUGUCGGACCCUUUCGGGUUCUAUUUCAUGUACGGGGUGCACCAGGAGGGUCCGCGGUCGGGGAACAUGGUUCGGGCCCUGUGCAAAUUUGUGCACAACAUGGCUAGUAAGUCCGGCGGGGGCUGUAAAGUGAUAGUCACAGAAGUUGGGGGUACUGGAGACGAGUUGAGACAUCAUAUUCCGCAUUGGAAGUUGCUCUCGUGCCCGGAAGACUUGUGGUGCAUGAAGCCCUUGAGAAACGAAGAGAUGGAAACGGCCCGGCUGCGUGAAAUGACGAAGACACCCCCGGCCGGAGCUCUUUUUGUAGACCCAAGAGAGGUAUGAGCAAACCUGCGGUCCGUAUGUGUGGUUAAGGGCAAGCGUGGUGGCUCGUCGCGUCAAGAAUUAGACUCGCGGUUGGGUUUUCUUCCCCAACUCAAUGCGUGAUAUUAAUUUUAGUUGUUUCAAAAAAAGAGGGGAUCACCGGAGAAAAUAACCGAAAAUAAUUUCCAAAUAAGCCAAGACUUUAUAUGUGUACUUGGUUCAGAACGACAUGACAGUGAUAUUUUCAAAUUUACAACCCUCAAUGUGGGUAAAUAUAGUUGGAAAUGAAAUGAUCACAAAAGAUUCCCAACAUUA